UCACUUUCAACAAAAUGAAUUCCACUUUACCGCACGGUGAUCCCGUUAGAGAAACUAACCAGGACAUGAACACUAGUCCCGACAAGAAGAUCGAAGAUCUGUACCAUUUAAUUGAAGGCAUAAGCGUUUGCAUGAUGACCACACGCUGUGAAACUACUGGAAAACUGGUCAGUCGAGCUAUGAGCCCUCGUAAGCCUGACCCCAAGGUUCCGGCCGACCUUUGGUUCUUCGCCAACAAUACAACCCACAAGUUUGAAGAGCUCCGGGCUGAUCCCAACGUCAACCUUGCUUUUUAUAAGUCUGGAACUCACGAAUGGAUCAGUGUUAGUGGCACUGCAGAGAUUACGAACGACCGAAAGAAGAUUGAAGAGCUCUAUAGUCUAGACAUCAAAGCUUGGUUUGGCGACCUUGGAGAUGGCGUUCACAACGGCAGUGCCACUGACCCUCGUAUCUCUUUGAUUUACGUCAAGGCAGACACUGUCCAUUACUCCUUGAAGGACAGAUCUAUGCCAGUGCAGAUGUUCAACAUUGCCAGAGGUAUGGUCACUGGUGAACCUCCAAAGGUUUCCUCAGAAAGAGGUGAGUUUCGUCAUAGACGUCGAACCAGUUGUAGGCAGACCGCCACUAACUCAGAAUGCAUUUUUUUCCAGACUUGGACAGCAGAGAGCUUGAAAAUGCAAGACGCAUGAGUGGGCUGCAAAAUUCUAUUGUGGAAUAAACAUGAACUGAACCUUGCAUUGCUUCUAUCAUUGUAAAUAACCCAAAACGACGUGGGAGGAAAAAAAAAAAAUUUCUUGCAUGAUUCCUAUUUGCUUGCCAGUUUCAAAAUCGUGGUUAUGACUGUUGUAGAUGUACUAAAAAGUAUGGCGACAACCAAUAGCUUGAAAAAGCUACAUUGGGAUGAUACGCCAGGAAAUGAAUGAGGGCACUCCCCAGGUUGGAUGGAAUAGGAGGUCAUUUUGACAC